AUCGGGGAGCCACUAAAUUAAAAAAUAAAUAAAUACUACUAGUGAAAGGGUGAAACAACGAAAAACCGUGUUUCACUCGGAUCGCGCAUUCACAAAUAAGGUUGAAGAGGGCCCUGCCGGAAGAAGAUAAAUACCGUCUUUCAUUUUCCGGCGAUCUCUUUUUUCUUCCAUCACCGUUUUCCGGCUAUCCCUAAUCCUUAACAGAAAUGACGACAUCAAGGCGCCUUGCGGACAGGAAGGUGGAGAAGUUUGAGAAAAACAUCACCAAAAGAGGAUUUGUGCCAGACACAACCACUAAAAAGGGGAAAGACUACCCUGUUGGCCCAGUGCUGCUCGGUUUCUUCGUCUUUGUUGUCAUUGGAUCAUCUCUCUUCCAGAUAAUCAGGACAGCAACGAGUGGAGGCAUGGCUUAAAUGGAGCUUUAUUUUGGAUUGUGUCAUCAUCUCUUAGCCUCCUCGUAGAAAAUGCUAAUACUUCUCUACAUGUACUGUACUUGUACUAGACCCGGUUCCUGUUCAUGUUUUGAUGAACUUUUAUGGAUUUUUAAUUAAAAAUACAACUAUUGUUUGUCUUGUCUUUAA